AUGGUAUUCGCCUAUCGCACUCGAGGAUUUGGACCCGUUGGGAUUGAGCAUCAAGAUUCGUCUGCGCAGAAACAUCAAGGGCAUUCAUCCGCCAAGCAGGGACGAUUCCCAUUGCACCCUUCAGCAGCAACGACGAUGUCUCUCGGUCCCAUCUCUACCCUAGGAGUGUUCUGCAUUGUCGCUUUGCUGGCUUGUGUCGCGCAGCAUCUCGAUACUCAGACACCGAACUAUGGUCCCUUCGGAAACCUGCUUGCUACAUACAUGCGCCACGGAGGACCUAGCAAAACUACUCGACUUGCAGCCGCUGUUGCUUCAGGGAGUAUGUCGUCAUCAUCUUCUGCUUCGAGGAUGAAUGAAGAAGGAGUUGUACAACAAGGAGUGGCCACGACAGCAGGUGGCACUGACCAUCUUCAAGGAGAGACAGCGCUGAUGCGUCAGAAAACUUCCUCUACUAAGAAGUCCUCACCAUCUGCGUCGUUCUCCACGAAAGCUACACUGACACCCGAACAACGAACUGCGGCACUUCGUGAGCGACUGCGCAACGUGCGCUUGCCUGCGGCGCCGAAAGACGGGCCAUGGGUUCCGAUCUUGCGCAUGAUUCGAGGACUCGAAUCUGGCGUGCGUGAGCUUUUUCGCAUGCUCACUGGAACCAUCAGUGCUGAUUCGGCGAGGCGAAAAUUGUUGAUGUUAUGGUUUGGUUGUUUUUAUUUCCUGUUCAGUCACAUCAGACACAGUGAUAACUAUUUUCAGUAGGACUAACGCUAAAUUCAUCGUCAUCGAGCACACAGUUUAAGUUUUUAUUCAAUGUCUUUUCUCUAAAAAUUGCGUCUGCGGAUGAGAUAUGAAUCUCUCUCGCGAUCUCGGAAAAACGACUCUUCUUCUUGUAGUACUAGAAGACCCACAAGCGAGCCUUCAAGCGCACGAGUUGGAGGAAGGGCGGGAAUAUUUGUCUUGUUGGAGUUUCCAGCCUAACUGAAGAAAAGGAGAAGACAACAAAUUGAAGCCUAAAGUACUGCAUAGAGAUAGCACAUCCCCGUAGUAUUACAGUAACAUGCGUUUAUCAAACAUCUGUUAUGUAGUUAGAAGUUUGCUAAUUUUCAUCUUCGGACAUAUGAGUAGCUCAGUAAGUACUCACAUCACAAUCUCAAUCACAUGCUAAACGUAAAAAUCAUCAUCAGCAUAUUAUCUCUUUCAAACAGCGUAAAAUUUACAUCAGAUACACGCUUAUUACAACAUCAGCUCAAGCUAACAUCACAUCCUACGUAUUCAUUGCAAAACAUCAACUCAUUUUAUUAGUAACCCAACAAACACACACAUCUUCUUCUGAUUAUGACGUAAAAGAUCUCGAUUCCCAUACCCAUAUACAUCAGUAGUCUUCUACACAGUAAGAGCCCCUCCCACGACAUCACGGGCGGUCCCUGCAUAAUCUUAAAUAUCUUCACCAAUUAACCUAGUAGGACCUUAACAAUAUUUAUCACCAUGACAACUACACGUGCACACAAUUUUAUCUUCAUGUUUAUUCUUAUCCACACUCGUCUUCUUACGUAUCCACAAAACAGCAUUUAUUCCCCUCUUCAUUUCGCAUUACAUCAACCUCAUGCAUAGGAAGUAAGCUUAUGGCAAAAAUCUAUCCAUCGACGAUUUCAAUCAACAUUCUUCCACUUACCCUACAUCAACACAAUGCAAAACCAAAGAUCAAAUUGCAAUUGAAAUCCAAGCAUCUAGGAUUCAUGACCCACCAUUUGCUUCAAGUAUUUCCCUGGAUUAAGAUCUAUCCGCUUAAGAGACACCGUCUGCACAAAUUGCCGCUUCAUAAGCGCAUCCAUAACCAUGUCUGAGAAAAUUUGAAUUUCAAAAAAGAUUUAUGCCUAU